AUGCAUGACAUUCUCAUAAUUGAACUUUUGCACUGGCUACUGUUCCUUUCCCUUCCAAUAUCCAUCGUCUUUUUGUGUUCAUCAAAUGAUCGAGAUCGGGAGCAACUGCAUUUGGAAAGAAGACAGGCUCUUCGUGACCGUCAACGUGAAGCAGCAAUCUCUGGACGAAGCGUUCGAAGUGUAAUCGAAACAGAAGUUGAACCAGAAACCAAUCAAUGCCCUCGUUUGAGUUGUGUCCGAAUGGCUCCAAAAUUGAAAACUCACAGUGGGGUGAAUACGGCAGAAGUAUAUGAAAGGCUCAACCAAAACGACAAUUUGGUUCAAAAAAUGGAUAAAGAGAAGCCUCCAUCGGUUGAAAUUCCACCUCAACAACCGAAACCAAUGGAGAAACCACAGAGUGGAUCAAAGGAAUCAAGUGAAGAUUUCUUGGAUGAAAGAGAUAAAUUGUCUGCGGAAGGAGCAAAGUCGGCUGAAGGAGCAAAUGGGGCGAACAUUGCUCCAAGUUCGAAUCCAUAA